UCCAUGGAGCUCUGGGCCCACUGUACCUUCCUGAUUUUACCUAACUCUGUUAUCACUUCUCCCCAGGUUUGUGGGUCAGCCACAGCGGUCUACUAACCAUUCCUAAAUUUGUUCUCACCCUUGUUCAUAUACAAUACUGUUCUGUCUGAAAUAACCUUGCUUUCCCGACAAUCCUAGUUAAGAGCAGUGGCUUUAGAGUUGUGCUGCAACCUUUCUGAUCUUUACCUUUCUCAUUUUGUGCACAAGAGUGCCGACCCCAUAAGGAAACUGUGAUGAUUCAACACGUUUCUAAAGGCGCUUUGACAUAUUUUGCCGCAUAGUAAAUGGUCACAAUGAUUAGAAGCGGCCAAUUACAGCUUCCACACAUCUUUUUUCCAGUACCAAAAAGAUACCUGCCCCUCUAAGUAGUUUCCUAUAGAAGAAGCUAAUGUGGCUAAAAUUUGAGGGGAUGUCCGACCCAGAUUCCCUUCACAUUGCCCCUAAUAAAGUCCCCAUUCAUUCAGGACACUAAAUUCAGAUCUCAGAAAACUAAACAGUAAGGUCAACGUAAUGAUUUAUUUGUUUAGGUCUUACUAUUAAGCACAGUGACCAGGUGGGUAAGGAGAUGUGUCACUGGUCCCGAGAAGUGUCCCUGUCACAAAGCCUGUCGACACCUAGCCACUCAGGUUAGGCAAUGAAUGAAGGCGCCUGCGCAGUAGAGUCCAGAGAGGGGAAGCGGGCGCCUGCGCACAGAAGUAGUGACCGUCCGCUCCCCGCUCCCGCCUCUGCCAAGCCGCGCCAGCGCAGUGAGGAUCAACCCAGCAAAGACAGCGCCUGCGCGCCCGUGGCUGAGGAGCCUGUGGCGGCAGCGGCGAUGGAACCGGCAGAGCAGCUGAGCGAGUUAGUGUCAGCCGAGGGCCGAAACCGGAAGGCGGUGCUGUGCCAGCGUUGCGGCUCCCGGGUGCUGCAGCCAGGGACCGCUCUCUUCUCCCGCCGACAGCUCUUCCUUCCCUCCAUGAGAAAGAAGCCAGCUCUGUCUGACGGCAGCAAUCCCGAAGGCGAUCUCCUUCAGGAACACUGGCUGGUUGAGGACAUGUUCAUUUUUGAGAACGUGGGCUUCACCAAGGACGUGGGCAACAUCAAGUUUCUGGUCUGCGCAGACUGUGAAAUUGGACCAAUUGGCUGGCAUUGCCUAGAUGACAAGAACAGUUUCUAUGUGGCCUUGGAACGAGUUUCCCAUGAGUAACUGAGGGGAGGGGUACUCAGCUCCACCCCCAAAGAUAAACUUGUUCCCCACAAGAACUGGCAUUUAACGUGGUGUAACUGUUCCGCUGCCUUCUUUUCUAUGCUAAUAUAAACACCGAGUACCAGCAUGUCCACUUGAACAUGCAGAGGGUUCACCCUGCUUCCUAAAGCCUCACGUACAUUCCUCCUGCGUAGUUCACUUGCAUCACAUUUCCUAAGCUCCCUUUUCCCCCAGUUUUGGGACACUGCGCUUCCACAAAUCUUGUCUUUUCCCUGGCAUUCUGCCUAGGCUCUGUUUUACCCAGGGGCUCCCUCUUUUUCUUGCUCUAAAAGAGCAGUGUUCAACCUUUUGGCAGUGAUGACACAUGGCAAAAGAUGCUUAUGUGCUAAUAGUUGAAAGUCUGCCUUUUUCUCAUUCAAGAAAGCAUACAAACAUCUGAAAGUGGCUUUGUUGUAUGGCUACCCUUGUGAUCUACAGUAAUGUACCCUUUCUAAAAGUAAAGCAUUUACAAAACUCAG